CUGCCAGGUCCGGUGUGCUGGACCACCAUGAAUCAGCAUUUGGAUGAUUUCAGCUAUAUUGCUUUCAGAAGCCUGGGCAAUUUUUCUGCUUCUGUACUGAAUCAGAAUCAGGUCACCUUUGCCAAUCUAUUGCACCAUGAUGACUCAGUGCUGGGAGGGGCACAGCUGCAAGUUUCAUGCUCAUUCAGAAGCGCUUCACCUGGAGGUCUCAUAAAACAGGAUGAAAAUGUUUGUUGUAGCUUGGAUUCUCCUUUACGUUUCCCAGCAUGCUUUGGGUGUGGAGGUGUUCGACAGCAUGGAGUCGGUCCAGCUGCCCUGCCGGGUCAACGUCUCUGUUUCCAUGGAGUCCACGGUUGUGUGGAGCCGCGAGGACCUUAGGUUUUCUACUGUUCACAUCCAUCAGCAGAGCGGCGAUGAUCUGUCUGAGCAGAACCAGCGGUACAGCAAUAGAACAAUGAUGAGCAAGGAUGCUCUGCAGACCGGAGACCUCAGUCUGACUCUGAAGAACCCUACUGUCUCUGACAGUGAGACAUACACCUGCACUGUCCGCAGGUUCGGACGGGAAUUGAGCCGUAUCCACGUACAUCUCCAAGUAAAGGAACAUCCUCAUCCGACAUGGUUGAUACCUCUGGCAGUGGUGCUGAUUCUAUUUUUCGUCCUGGCUGCUGUCUUUGGUUUGGUCAUCUAUAGGAGAUACAAGAGGAUAAAACGUGAUCCAGUAUACAAGCUGCAAGUGGUGAAGACUGCAGAGGGGGUGGAAGCUGUUGUCCUGCCCUGUAAAACCAAAGUUCAUCUUCCUCCCACGGCAACAGUAGAGUGGAGACGCAUAGACACGGACCAGGUGGUCCACCUGUAUCCAAGCAUCCAACUGCAUUGUCCUGAGACGGUUAGAGGUCUUACACAGAUGGAGGACAAUCCGUUAAGAACCAGAGAUCUCAGUCUGACUUUGUACAGCCCCAACCAUUGCGACAGCGGUCUCUAUGUCUGCACCGUCCAAAAGGGAGGAAACAACCUGAAGCAGAAGGUUGUGUCUCUCUUUGUUGAAGAACAUCUGAUUUGGUCCGACACGAACUCCGACCAAACCGACCACAUGCUUGAGAGGAACAGCCUGAGACAGAGUCUGAAGAGCAGCCUUGGAGGACGAUUUUACUACGAUCAAUCUUCUCCCUCUUUGGCUUACGACAGAGGCGCAUCUCUGCCUAAUGGAGCACACAUGGCAGAGUCGACUCCAGAAGCCUGCAGAAGGCUACCAAUUUUCCAGCAACUGACUAAAUCAUCAGUGAGAUCGGCCAGCGAACUGUCUUUCUCUAGUCUCCCGCCUAUGUAACAUUUCUGCAGAGAGGAGGAUCGAAUGGUUGGACAGACCUCCACAUGUGGACAUGUCUGUUGUGCUGGAUAUCUCCACUUGUCCCGGUGUUCAAGUUCUGCAGAACCCAGCCGGCUUUUUAGAAGACCUCCAAGUCAAGUAUAUGUGCAGCCUUCACUAGUCAUGACUCUUCCUCCUCCAUGCUUCCCUUUGGCUGUACAUUGACUCUUUUUUUAGGAAAAUUAUUUUUUGUUGUUAUUGUUGUUUGCUACAUAAAGUAUUUUGUCUGAGUAAAGUUUUUGAUAAAUUUGAACGGAUGCCAUUAAAAAGGUUGAAGCUCUUCAGUGUCCAUUCAUAUUUCACCACUCAUUGUUUCAUUUGGACCGGAGGGCGAAAGUAGACAAAAACUGACCAGUUUGCAUUGAGAACCUAAUUAUAAAGAAUAAUUUUAAUCAGGUCAGCUGAGAAUCACACAUCAGCGCUGCAGCAGUAACAGGAUGCAUAAAUGUUAGGUCAGACAGGAUGCGAAACCAGAGAUUGUACUACAAAUGUGACAGAAGUUUGUUUGUUUGGAGAUGGAGUGUUGUUCUGAUGACAGGAAGUGGUGCAGGACAUCCUUCUGUCAUCCGCUCUGAUUUUCAGUCUCCAUCCAGACAUCAUGAAGCUUCCAUCAGUGUGUCUGCUGCUCGGAGUCUCAGCUGUUCUGCUGGCAGGAGGAACAAAUUCUGAAGUGUCUCUGAUUGUCAUGCCAGACCUUCAGCAGUUCUUCAGUGGACAGUCAGUGUCUCUGAGUUGUGUUGAGGAUGGACAGACAGCUGAUGGAUGGAUAGUUAAGAGGACCAAAGGAACACUCAGUGAAACCUGUGGAGCAUCUGGAUCAGACUUUGGGGUGUUUAAAGACUCCUCCUGUGUCCUUGACCUCUUGUCUUCUUACACUGGAGUUUACUGGUGUGAAACCAGUGCAGGACAGAGGAGUGACCACAUCAAUAUCACUGUUAACCAGAAAGAAGACAGGGCUUUUAUUCUGGAGAUCCCUGCUCUUCCUGUGGUGAAAGGAAGUAAUGUCACUCUGCAUUGUCGUCAUAAAGAUGGCUCCAUCCGUGCAGCUUAUUUCUACAGGAACAGUCAUAUUAUUGGAGAUGGAGUCAAAUCUCAGAAGGCCAUUAUCCACAGAGUCCAACAGUCCAAUGAGGGUUCCUACUGGUGUUCUACUGACACUUCUGGAUCAUCCCCUCAUAGCUAUCUGAGAGUCAGAGAUCCUCUUCUCCCUCAACCAUCUUCCUACCCCAUGACAGCUUCCACUUCUUCAGCUGAUGGUGCUAAUCAUACAGCAAGUUCUCCUUCUCCUUCUGUGUCAUUGGUGCACCUCCUGUGCCACCUGCUGGUCAUUUGCCCAUACUGCGUGUGCAGCAUCCUGCUUGCUUCAAUCUGCUGCAACAGGAGCUCAGGAAACCAAGCUGCGGUCUCCAUAGAAACCACCCAGCUUGGUGAACCGGGUGAUGUUGCUGCUGAUGUCACUACAGAGCAUGAGUUCUGAUGGAGCGUGAGCUGCAGGUUUGGGGUGCAUGUCCGGCUGCUUCGCCACAAACAGGAAGCCUGGACCCGAACCCAACCAAUCAGAGCAGCUUUUGAAAUGAGGUUUCACUUCCUGCUCAGCUUCUUCUGAGUGAAAUAAGACCUACUGAUACUUGGACCACCAGAAGCACCAAACUGCUCUGUAUUUUCAGCUUGACAGCAUCGCUCUAGGGGAACUGAUAUGUUUGAACUGGGUCCAUCUUAUUUAUAUUGAGAUUUGGUUUCUACAAGUCUAUUUUAAAAUUUGAACGAGUUGUCGAUUAAUGGUUUAUUAGGUUAAAAUUAGUUACAUUCUUCUAAUUAAUGACAUCUUCUUAGACCAGUAGUGCCCAAAGUCGGUCCUCAAGGGCCAGCAUCCUGCAUGUUUCCUGCUGGUUUAAUGCACCUGGAUCAAAAUAUGGCUCAUUAGAUGACCUAAGAGGAACACUGACAUGCUGAAAGGUUGUUACUACCACCAGGGAGAGAACUAAAACAUGCAGGAUGCCGGCCCUCAAGGACCGACUUUGGGCAUCCCUGUCUUAGAUAUUUCUUUAGUGUUGUAGUUUGGCCGCCAACCAGCAGAGGGCGAUGUUGGUAAUCCUUACUCGGAACAAGAAUUAAAGAUGGCGGCGAUAUCCCAGAACAGGGAAACAAACGGUCCGUUGUGGCAAUUUAUGCGAUUCUGUUUUGACAUAUAAACACUGGACAAGCUCCAUAAGCUACCACCUUAAAUAGAGCUGGAUGACGGAGCAUCUUCAACUUCUCGACUAAAAAUUACUGAGAUGUCUUUCUCAGCAAACUGCAAAGUAGCUGUAAUCUGUGCUGCCGUGCUGCUCUUCCUCCGCGCACACGGACAGAAAAACAGGACAACUGAUAAAUUUAUUUUUCGUGUUGGAGUUGAUCCCCCUUGUUGUGUGGAAACUUCGGCUGCCCCCAUCAAGGAAGCGGUCCAGGCCUGCUACGAACACAGGGAGCACACACUUUACAACUGCAGAGUGCAUGCCUUCAUUUUUGUGACUGUUUCAAACAAUACAUACUGUGUGGAUCCAAAAGCCAGCUGGCUGCCAACGAGACUUAAAAAACUAGCCGCUAGAGGAAUCAACUGCACUGUACUGUGAAUUGGGCUGUUGCAGCCUACAGAACCCAUAAUGCAUCUGGAGGUUCUGGACGUUGAAUCAUAUGAGUUUCAACUUCGUCGUCUCCUGCAGUUGGAUGAAUUUUUUAAAAUUAGUUUCUUAAAUAAAAAUGAAGCGUCUGUCCAGAGUUUCCUGUAUUGGUGUGCCUACAGCCUUUGUAAGCCUGCUCUUAAAGUCUAAAUACUGUAAAAGUUUAAAGUUAGGAAAACUAGAACAAACAUCUGCAGUGUUAAUCAGAUUUGAAUUGGCUUUCUGUCAUCUUACCUUUAAGCUAAUAUUUCCAGUCUGUCACAAAUAAAUUAAUAAAAUACA